AUGUGUGUCAACGAUAUGUUCGAGUGUCAAAAGGCAAGCACCAAUGUUGUACUCCCAACCAGUUAUACCCCUCUGUCUCUGCCGAUGUUGCAACCUGCACCAGACAGAAAUAUCCCCAUUUCCUCUUCAACAACCUCAAAAACAGCUUCGAUCCCUAUUCCAACCGAAGUUCAUCGAGCAUUCCCAGAGACUGGAUCUUUCGGUUCGUAUGGGAAGGCUGGACUUGCUUGUUGA